GAUGCUUUUGGUAUUGUUUUUGAGUACAGCUGAUUUUUUAUUAACAUUUUCCUUCAUAACACUCAGAAAUCAUUAACAAUUAUUUGCUUAUUCAUUUGAUGUGGGUUUUUUGGUUCUUCCCCCCCCCCCCCUUUGGUUGGUUCUUUUUGUUGCUUCCUUUUAACAUUGGUCAUGUUUCACCCUCUUUUUUUUUUCAUCCCCCUGUCUGCAAUCAACUUCUUCAUGCCACUAAAGGCUGGGCACAGAUUGGUGUUGGUGUUAGGAGACCUGCACAUCCCCCACCGGUGCAACAGUUUGCCGGCCAAGUUCAAAAAGCUGCUGGUGCCCGGGAAGAUUCAGCACAUCCUCUGCACCGGGAACCUCUGCACCAAGGAGAGCUAUGACUACCUCAAGACCCUGGCCGGCGACGUCCACGUCACCAGGGGAGACUUCGAUGAGAAUCUGAAUUAUCCAGAACAGAAAGUUGUGACUGUUGGGCAGUUCAAAAUUGGCUUGAUCCAUGGACAUCAAGUUAUUCCAUGGGGAGAUAUGGCCAGCCUAGCCCUGCUACAGCGGCAGUUUGAUGUGGACAUUCUCAUCUCUGGACACACGCACAAAUUUGAAGCAUUUGAGCAUGAAAAUAAAUUCUAUAUUAACCCAGGUUCUGCUACUGGGGCAUAUAAUGCCUUGGAAACAAGCAUCAUUCCCUCGUUUGUGCUGAUGGACAUCCAGGCGUCUACAGUGGUCACCUACGUGUACCAGCUCAUUGGAGACGACGUCAAAGUAGAACGGAUUGAAUACAAAAAAUCUUAAAAUCAGGCCUAUCUUGAUUUUUCUUUCCUUUUUUUUUCAUUGCUCUGUUUAAAGCAAGUAAUUAAACUCUUAAAAGCCACGCAAUUGUAUGACUUCUAUAAUAUUUUUCACUAAAAUAUAACUUGUCUUCUGUUACUAUGUAA